CUAUGCAAAUCCAAUGGACAUGGAAGAUAAAGUUUUAAGCACAUACCUUCCUCUCCCUCCACAAACCCAAUCCCAUUUCCCAAUCACAAGUUCAUCAAAAACAAACAUGAAAUUCAACUAAAAUUAGACCAACCAUCCAACCCCAAAUGGCAUCAAUCAUCGUUCCUGCUUCUUCUAUUCUUUGCUCCGACAAUUUCAGCACCAACAAGACAUCCUCCCGCCAUGGCAGCACCCAUCAAGUCAGACCCUCAAUGCAACCUUCUUCUGUAAUCGGCAAAGAAGUGUCGGUUCGAUCUUCAACAUCGAAAUUUUGGAAUCCAUUGGUUCGCAAUUGUAGUAGAAGAUCGAGAGGGAGUAGUUUCAGAUGUUCGGCAGUUGAUUCACCUGUUCUUCCUUCAGCUCUCCUCUUUGAUUGCGACGGCGUGCUCGUUGAUACCGAGAAGGACGGCCAUCGCGUCUCCUUCAACGACACAUUCGCGGAAAAAGAAUUGGGUGUAACAUGGGAUGUAGAUUUGUAUGGUGAAUUGCUUAAAAUCGGUGGUGGAAAAGAAAGAAUGACUGCAUACUUCAACCAAACGGCAUGGCCAGAGAAGGCGCCAAAAGGGGAACAAGAAAGGAAAGAGUUUAUAGCGUCACUUCACAAACGAAAAACCGAGCUGUUUAUGGUCCUUAUCGAGAAGAAGUUGUUGCCACUUCGUCCUGGAGUCGCAAAGUUGAUUGAUCAGGCUUUUGCCAAAGAUGUCAAAGUUGCUGUUUGCAGCACUUCUAAUGAAAAGGCGGUGUCCGCUAUUGUUUCGUUUCUUUUGGGGCCUGAGCGAGCUGCAAAGAUCCAAAUUUUUGCUGGAGAUGUGGUUCCUCGUAAAAAACCCGAUCCGGCGAUCUACAACUUAGCAGCCACCACUCUAGGAGUUGAACCAUCAAGAUGUGUGGUUGUAGAAGACAGUGGAAUAGGCCUUGCAGCUGCAAAAGCUGCUGGAAUGACAUGUAUUGUCACCAAGAGUGGUUAUACAGCAGAUGAGGACUUUGCAAAUGCAGAUGCGGUUUUUGAUUGUAUCGGAGACCCACCAGAAGAAAGAUUUGAUUUUGAAUUCUGCACAACCCUUCUUCAAAAACAGUACGUCUAAGAAGGAUAUGCCACCCCACCCAUCGCACAACCAAUUGACAAUUCUUGUAUUUACAAAAGGAAUAAAAUGUAUUCAUCUUAUCUUUGUCAAAACAAGACUUUGAGAAUUAAAAUUCACAAAACCAAAUUUCCAUAGAAGCAAAA